UUGCAAACAAAAGUGCGUCACUACAGCACUGCGGAACUGUCGCUACGCGGUUGUGUUUUGGUUUUGGUGAAACCAAAUCUUACAUAGAAUUUUAUCUGGCUUUUUUUUUUUUUUCUUGCAUUGCUUGAAGAAUAUGGUGAAGAUAGCGUUUAAUUCCGCUCUGGCGCAGAAAGCGCUUGUAAAAGAGGUGCCGGUCUCAGAAAAGGACCCUGAGACCGGCUCCGUGUACAGCAGCGAGAGUUCCACCGGCCGCUGUCUGCUCACGCUGCUCGGCCUGGCCUUCAUCAUUUCAGGCCUCAUUGUUGGCGGAGCCUGCGUGUACAGGUAUUUUACACCCAAGAAGCUCUAUCAUGGAUCCAUGCAGUUCACAGAUAUGGACAGUGCUGAUAUACCUAUGGACAUGGAGGCCCAUGAGCCUUACUACCUACCCCGUGUUGAGGAGGAUGUGGAGAUCCGUGACAACGUGGCCAUCAUUAACGUCCCUGCACCUCGCUUUGGGGCAGGAGACCCAGCUUACAUCCUGCAUGAUUUUAAGAGGAAGCUGACUGCUUAUUUGGACCUAACACUGAGGACGUGCUUUGUGAUCCCUCUCAACACUUCUGUGGUGAUGCUGCCCCAGGACCUCUUGGAUUUGUUCUUGCAGCUCAUGUCUGGCUCAUACAAGACUCACUUGGUGCAUGAGGAUCUGGUGGUGACUGAGCGCAUCGAUGACCUUGCCCCCUUGGGCUAUUAUAUUUACAGCCUGUGUGAGGACAGACCAACGUACAGGAUGCAGCGCCGCAGUGAGAUAAUGGGCCUCCAGAAGCGCUCGGUGGAGGAUUGCCGCAUAAUCCGCCACUUCGAGAAUAAGUUUGUUACCGAAACAAAGAUCUGCCAAGCCUGAGCAAGGAAGAAGUCAGGAGGGGACAGACAUCCCCCCUUUCGUUGCAGGGUAGGGAGUGGUGAAGCGAGCUGAAAGAGGGAGUGAGGGAGGGCUGAGAGGAAAGGGUCUGUCUUCCAACUCCUGCUGUAGUGUUUAGCAUAAGGUGUUUUGUAUUAAUUUAGAGACAGCAGACUUUUCUCUUCUCUCACUUAAGGUGUAGUGAUGUAGCUCUCCUAAAGCAGUUUGUGAUUUCUUACACCUUUGUCAUUGUACACCGUGAUUCCCUCUACAGCCUGACUGCAGCUCAAACCUUGUUUUUAGUGUGUGCCUUGUCACCAUUUGUUGUGGAUAAUUAUUUGUGAACUGUGCAAAAUGUUAACCUUGGUGAACAUAAGUUAAUGUUUUGUUUUGUUUUGUUUUUUUCCCCUUCGGCAGAAGUAUUACUACCUAAGCACACGCUGAUACGCCUCUAGUCUAGCCUGUAUGAUAUUUCCCAACAUCCUUUCCUCCAGCUAAUUACGUAUCAGUGUAUAAAGACCCACAUGGUCUCUAGAGAUCUGAUCAGCUUAAAACUCUUAAAAUUCUACUUUUUUGUGUUCAUGUGUUUGAGGAACUAACCAUGUAUCACAUGACGUGUAAUUUCUACAUGUCUACUGAUCAAGCAGGCUCUGUGAAGCAUUGCUUCUGCCAGUGUCCCGGCUAAUGUAUAUGUGUACAAUUUAAGGUGUCCAUUACACAUAGCGUGCUUGUAACAUGGUAAAUUAUGUAUCUCAAUCCAAAUUAUAAAUGCCUCAUAAUGAAGGAUAGUCAGUACGAAUGCACCAUGAUGCUAAGAUUUUAGAACAUUUAGAGAUUAGGACUUAUUAAACAGAUUAAAUAGCUUCCUGUGCAAGAUUUCACAUUCAGAGUGGUUUAGCCUGGCCAUCUCUGUCCUCUGGCCUAAACAUUUGUUGUGGGCCACAUUGCAAAGUUUCACUGCUGAGACACAGUGGUGUGUUAACAAUCACUCGACUGAUCAGCAAUUUGAACCUUCUGCUCAGGCCUUUUUAAUCUCUUUUGGAGGACUUGAUGUUCAUCCUUCAGCAAAAGGAUGUAGCAUUGAGAUGAUGUUAAAAAUAGCUACCAGCAGGGUUGUUUUUUUUUUUUUUUUUUUUCUUUUUCUUUUUUUUUUCAAAAGCCAUGAGUGCUGUUUAAUUAGGAAGAAGAAGCUGUCUGUCUGAGCAAAACCAGACCGACCGCUUACGUACUGGGACGUCACCCUAAUAUACCCGAAGCCACCACAUCUCUCAGUUUUCACAAUGGUUUUCCGUUGCACCAUCUUGUCAACUCUGGCCUAACCCUGCAUGGCACCAUGGUUGUUCAAUUGUUUUGAAAUUCCCUGCAUUCUAAAAAGUUACAUGUAUAUUUUGGAAGGAUCAGUAGUUUAACUGCUGCUCAGAAAAUGACAAUCAAGACUGGAGUCUCUAUUGCUGUCUUUCUGUUUGUACUGAUUCAGAAAAACAGACCUGAAAGAUGCUGGACUGAAUCAAAGAAAUGUACUACUGAAAUGUUAAACUGCUUUCUGAAGUUUGAAAAUAAAAUGCAUUUCUUUACUUAAAAAAUUCUGCAUUCAUUGGCUAGAGUUUGGACUGUCAUCUGAACAUGAACCCAUUUCAUCAGCACGUUAUUUUAGGACUUAUGAUACAAUACUAUGUAAUUUCUCUAGGCUUUUUGCAAACGUUCCUGAAAUCUUUCAGAAGUUGGAGCCGUCAUUUAAGCUGUUUGUAUCUGGUAACUGCAUAACAGAACUACAUUUUUGAUAAUACCCUAUUUUUUUUUUUUUAAAACAAUUCACGAAAGUGCAGUCAACCACUAAGUGUUCUGACAAGGCAGCUGUGUGAAGACUGGCCAGCUCUUUGUGGUUAACAGGCUUCAUGCAGAGCUCUUAUUGCUCUUUGAUCUUGCAUCAACUUUGUUGGACCGUUGACAUCAACAGCCAAACAAGCACAGGACAACUUAAAUGAGCUGCAUAAAUGAGCUCUGACAAUUGGAGUAGGAGAAACUACAAUAUGUGCCUCCAAUCAAAUCCUAACUUUGGCAAAAUGUACUUUUGUAUUUCAUAUGACCCACACUUGGCUGAGAAAACCUGUAAUGAAUUUCAAAUGCAAGAAUUGACUAAAGUACUUCAUUUGAUUCAUUUCUGUUGUGUUUUUCAAAGUGGGGUCUGUGAAGCAUCAUGAUUUUUUUUUUUUUUUUUUUUUUUUUUUUUUUUUUUUUUUUUAACAUUUUACUACAGAGGUGAAAAUCACAAACAAUAAUUAACAGAUUUAUGUUUAUGAUUGUAUCCUUAUAUUCAUUGGCCACAUUCAUUCAAUAUUCAUUCCAGGUCACUUGAGUUUAAUCCAAACCUUAGUAACUGCAAAACAAGUAGUCUUAUAAAACUCAACAUAAAUCCAAUCCAAUGACAGUAUUUUGUGUAAAAAUAUGUUCUGCUGGUGGGUUCAUAAGUUCAUAGUAACAAGCUCUAUGCCUAUAUAUAUGGAUAAAUAAUUUAUAAAUAUAUAUUAUGCAUUUAAAUAUCUUGUAAUUUGAAUAGGCUUAUGCUCGUUAAAUAAAUCUGUACUAGAAGAAUCUGUAAAAAUUUCUUUCUGUCUGUAUCUGUUUCUUUUAUUUGUUAAAGGGAUCCCUGGCUGCAAAAAGCUUGGCAAACACUGGCAUACAGUACUGUGCAAAAGUCUUAGACCCAUGCAAAUGCUGUAGAGCAAAGAUGCCUUCAAAAAUAAUGAAAUUAAAUGUUUCUACAUUAAAAAAAUACUGUAAAGAGCAGUAAACCGUAAUAAAUGAAACAAAGUCAA